AUGGCCAGUGAGGAAGUGAUGUCGCAGUGUCCAGAGGAAGUGAUGUCACAGUCUCUAGGGGAAGUGAUUCCAGGGGAGCUAGCGGGGGACUUGUCUGACAGCGGCGUGCAGCGGCGGCUGGACGAGGAGCGGGAGGUGAUCCGCCGGGAGAUCAGGAAGGAGCUGAAGAUCAAGGAGGGGGCGGAGAAUCUGCGCCGGGCCUCCAGGAGGAACGCCCCACAUGUGGAGUCCCAGCUGCGUUGCUCCAGCCGCCGCCUUGACGCCCUGCACGCAGAGCUGCAGGAGCUGGACGCCCUCAUCCUGGUGAAGAGGGAAGACGACGGGAGAGAUGGCCCCCAGUCUCCCCCGGGGCGCUCCUCAGCCACCCAGGACCGGAUCGCCGCUCUGGAGCGCCAGCUGAACAUUGAGCUGAAGGUGAAGCAGGGAGCCGAGAACAUGAUCCCUGUCUACGCCAACGGAGCCAUGAAGGAUAAGAAGAUGCUGCAGACAGCUCAACAGAUGCUGCAAGACAGCAAGACCAAGAUUGACAUCAUCCGCAUGCAGAUACGCAAGCUGUGCAGGCCUCCCAACACACUGAGGCCAACCAGGUUGGGCUGUGUCGGUCUGCUGGAGACGGUUCCUGUGCGGAGUCGUAGCCAUGGUGUGGUGUUGCCGAGCUACCAGCCUGCUGAGGGGCGGGGUUUCAAGCUGCCCAGCCUCUACAGUCGCUCCGCCUCCAGCCUUAGUCUCCGCCUACCCGCCAAGACCGAUGAGCUCUCCUCGGAGGUGAGUGCGGUGCUGAGACUGGACAGCAGUGUAGUGGGUCAGACCUGCUGGGGUCCUGUAGCAGAGCAGGCCUGGGACCAGACCUUCACCCUGGACCUGAAGAGGGCCAGAGAGCUGGAGCUGGCUGUGUACUGGAGGGACCAGCGCGCCCUGUGUGCUCUGAGGCACCUGAAGCUGGAGGACUUCCUGGACAACCAGACGCACCGAGUUCACCUGGAGAUGGAGCCUCAGGGUGUGCUGCUGGCUGAGGUCACCUUCUUCAAUCCUGUCAUUGAGAGAGGCCGCAGGCUGCAGAGACAGAAGAAGAUCUUCUCCAAACAGAAUGGGAAGGCUUUUCUCCGUGCUCGUCAGAUGAACGUGGACAUCUCCACCUGGGUCCGCCUUCUCAGGAACGCCCUGCCCUCCAGCACACACACCUAUCCCCCCGUCACACACACACGCUCUUCUGGGGAGAUCUCAGUGGAAAAGCUGACCCUGGAGUCUGACAGCAGGACAGACCUGCUGGACGGCCCCCUAGUGGACCUGUGUGUCUCUCCUCCAGACCAGCCAACCACAAGCCUGUCCAGCUCCUCCCCCAGGGACCAGAGAGAGCCUCUGUGUCUACAAGACUUCAAGCUCAUUGCUGUCCUGGGCAGAGGACACUUUGGAAAGGUGUUGUUGUCGGAGUACAAGCGGACAGGAAGUGUGUACGCCAUCAAAGCUUUGAAGAAGGGAGACAUUGUUGCCAGGGACGAGGUGGACAGUCUGCUGUGUGAGAAGAGGAUCUUUGAGACGGUGGCAGGACACCCCUUCCUGCUCCACCUGUAUGCGUGUUUCCAGACUCCAGAACACGUGUGUUUUGUGAUGGAGUACACGGCUGGUGGAGACCUCAUGAUGCACAUACACGCCGACAUCUUCACAGAAGCCAGGGCCGUGUUCUACUCAGGCUGUGUGGUGUUGGGUCUGCAGUUUCUUCACGAUCAUAAGAUUGUCUAUCGGGAUCUGAAGCUGGAUAACCUGCUGUUAGAUGUAGAGGGCUAUGUGAAGAUAGCAGACUUCGGGCUCUGCAAGGAAGGUAUGGGUUAUGGGGACCGGACCAGCACGUUCUGUGGGACACCAGAGUUCCUGGCCCCGGAGGUCCUGACUGACGCCUCGUACACGCGGGCGGUGGACUGGUGGGGCCUGGGGGUCCUAGUGUACGAGAUGCUGGUCGGAGAGUCUCCGUUCCCAGGUGAUGAUGAGGAGGAGGUGUUUGACAGCAUAGUGAACGAUGAGGUGCGCUACCCUAACUUCCUGUCUGCAGACGCCAUCUCCAUCAUGAGACGUGUAUUGAGGCGUAACCCUGAGCGACGGCUGGGCUCUGGAGAGAGAGAUGCUGAAGACGUCAAGAAACAAGCUUUCUUCAAGGGUAUGUUGUGGGCGGCUCUGCUGCAGAAGCAGCUACCGUCUCCCUUCCUGCCGGCGCUGGGCGGACGCCACGACGUCAGCAACUUUGACCGGGAGUUCACAGCCGAGAGGGCAGCCCUUACGCCGCCGCGGCAACGCCGUGCCCUCACGCGCCUCGACCAGGACCACUUCAAGGACUUUGACUAUGUCUCUGACCUCUGUUAAGGGUCAGGGGUCGGGGGACUAUGACAGAGCUGAACUAGAAUUCUGUGAUGAUGAUGAUGAUGAUGAUGAUGGUGAUGAUGAUGAUGGUGGUGAUGAUGGUGAUGAUGGUGAUGGUGAUGGUGAUGAUGGUGAUGAUGGUGAUACUGAUUGGCCGGUGACAACAGUAUAGGAUAGAAGCACUGUGCUCUCAUUUGGAGGUCUUCCCAACUGCACCCAUCUGCUAAGGAGAGAGAGAGAGUUAGAAUUAAUGAUCGUUGUGCUAGGUCGUUGUGCCCCCCCCCCCCCCCACCCAGCCUUCCUUGUAUGAGCCGUGAUGACCUUGUUGAAGUUAUUUUCUGUGAUUUCAAAUUGUAUUUUCUCUGUUGUGGUUGUUUGAUCUUUCACCUGUCAAUCUUGAGUGGUGAGGUCUGCAUGUGACAGUAAAGAUGUGAAGCCAGAA